AUUGAGGAGAAAACCGAAUCCAUCGAAUAUCCAAUAUACAACUACGUUUACCUGGAUCAGGAAGCGCUCUUUGCCGUGUCGUGCGAUGCCCAUAGACUAUCACACAAAGCCUCCUUAUUGCGUCAGGCAUCGUCCACUCGGCAGAGAGACAGAAAGGACAGCUAGACUACAUGUCAUGGACUGGUGGACUACCCUGGCUGCGAGUAUAGCCUUCCUCUGGCUGCUGUGUUAUAUCGACGGUAAGAGAACCUGGUUAGCAGAGGUAUGGGAGCUUUCUUCGUCAAGGGAACGGUGCGGUAUUGGCACGCGCACGGCUCUUCCUCCUAAUUGCGGCAACGCCGUCCUGGAGCUGCGGCUCCUCCUCCACGCCCUCACCAAAGCAGCGUGCCACCUGUACCUGGCCGUGCUCCCACUGCGGCGCGCCGCACUGCACCUUGCCCGCUUCGUCUGUCACCUGGUAAACCAUGGCCCCACCUCCGCUGGCCGGGCGUCUCCUCUUCUCCUCGAGGGGGUGUGUGUGAUAUGUGAAGCGGUACCGGACCUGCUGGGAGCCGGGCUCAGUCUGUGUGCAGUAGUCUGUCACAUCCUACAGGGGGUACUGUUCCUGCUGGCCGCCACGGUGAGGUCGGUCCAGGUGAGUGUUCUGGCCCAGAUGGACGGGGAGAAGGAAAGGUGGGAGAAGGAGCAGCAUCAAGCUCGGCAGGACGAGAGGAGACAGAACUCCGGGGUGGUGGAAUACCUGUCUGUGUUCUGUCAAGACCCCAUCAGUUCACUACGACUCAGAGUGGACAUGAUCAAUAGAUAACAUCACCGUCUGUCUGUCUGUAAAGGUGGACAUGAUCAAUAGAUAACAUCACCGUCUGUCUGUCUGUCUGUCAAAACCCCAUCAGUUCACUACAACUCAGAGUGGACAUGAUCAAUAGAUAACAUCACUGUCUGUCUGUCUGUAAAGGUGGACAUGAUCAAUAGAUAACAUCACCGUCUGUCUGUCUGUCAAGACCCCAUCAGUUCACUACGACUCAGAGUGGACAUGAUCAAUAGAUAACAUCACUGUCUGUCUGUCAAGACCCCAUCAGUUCACUACGACUCAGAGUGGACAUGAUCAAUAGAUAACAUCACUGUCUGUCUGUCUGUCAAGACCCCAUCAGUUCACUACGACUCAGAGUGGACAUGAUCAAUAGAUAACAUCACUGUCUGUCUGUCUGUCUGCCUGUCAAGACCCCAUCAGUUCACUACGACUCAGAGUGGACAUGAUCAAUAGAUAACAUCACCGUCUGUCUGUCUGUCUGUCUGUCUGUCUGUCUGUCUGUCUGUCAAGACCCCAUCAGUUCACUACGACUCAAAGUGGACAUGAUCAAUAGAUAACAUCACCGUCUGUCUGUCUGUAAAGGUGGACAUGAUCAAUAGAUAACAUCACUGUCUGUCUGUCUGUCUGUCUGUCUGUCAAGACCCCAUCAGUUCACUACGACUCAGAGUGGACAUGAUCAAUAGAUAACAUCACUGUCUGUCUGUCUUUCAAGACCCCAUCAGUUCACUACGACUCAGAGUGGACAUGAUCAAUAGAUAACAUCACUGUCUGUCUGUCUGUAAAAGUGGACAUGAUCAAUAGAUAACAUCACCGUCUGUCUGUCUGUCAAGACCCCAUCAGUUCACUACGACUCAGAGUGGACAUGAUCAAUAGAUAACAUCACUGUCUGUCUGUCUUUCAAGACCCCAUCAGUUCACUACGACUCAGAGUGGACAUGAUCAAUAGAUAACAUCACUGUCUGUCUGUCUGUAAAAGUGGACAUGAUCAAUAGAUAACAUCACCGUCUGUCUGUCUGUCUGUCUGUCUCUGUCUGUCAGCGUUGGGCUCAAUUCAGACUUGAGUUAAGAAUACUUCAAAUUCCAAUUAAAUUCUUGAAUUUGAAAUGAAGUAGUAAACAGGAUACAGAAUUGAAAUUUGAAUUUGAAUGACAGGAAAUAAAAUUGAAUUCAGGGAAAUUCAAAUGCCUCUUGUAUUGUAUAUUAGGUGUAGUCUAUAACUAUAUAUAUAUUGAUAUAUCAUGUAAAACAUGUCAUUAUAUACAUGCCUAAUUAAAUAAAGGUUCAAUUAA